AAGAGUCAUCGUCGGGCUGGAGAGGAUAAGGGCGGUGCUGGGGGCGGGGGUUAAAGGUGCUGGUGGUCCCCAGCUCCCCCAGGUGCAUCCUAUCACUGCAUCGCUCUCUCCGCCUUCAUCAUCCCCUCCGUGGGGGCAGCUGGAGCCCAGGGCCGGAGGAACUGAGCUCCAGCUGCCCUCGCUGGCCCCGGCAAUGAUUUACUAGCCCGGGGGGGGCCGCUCCCAGCCUCCGCCCAGCGGACCUUGGAGCCGGGGCCUGGCUCUGCCGUGGCUCCUCUCCACCCAAAAUGUUUUCUCUGGGGUCCUGGCUGCCGGCGUGGCCCGGGCUGGCGUGGGGCUGGGCGCUGCUGGAUGCGCUGCUGCAAGGGCUGGUGGGUGCCUGCGCCGUCUCGGUGCUCUGCAGCCUCCUGAAGGUUUAUCUCUACAUCCAGUGCCUGAAUGACCCGGAGAGGCAGGCGGAGAAGGAGGCGCUCCGGGCGCAGCGGUGGGUGCUGGGGCCGCUGCAGGCCGUGGUGCUGACAGGGCUGCUGGCGCUGGUGGGGUCCCGCGUGGCCGCGCUGGUGGUGCUGGAGUUCUCCCUGCGUGCCGCCUCCAUGCUGCUCUCCCCCGGCAAGGGCACCUCCAGCGGCCAGCUCUACCUGCUGUGCCAGUACUCGCUGGGCUGCGGCAUGUCCUGCAGCCUCAGCUUCCUGCUGGAAGGGGCUCCCCACAGCACCUGCAACCUGGCGCUGGCGGCGGGGCUGGCAGGGCUGCUGGCAGCCUAUGCCCGGCGCCUGGCCCGGCACGUCUGCGCCCUGUACGAGCUGCACAGCCGGCAGCGCUACUGCGGCGUCUGCAUCCUGCUGCUGGCCUCGGGCCAUGGCAUCCCCCGGCUGCUGCGCAACGCCCUGGCGCUCACCUUCGCCCUGGCAGACCUGGCGGCCGUGGAGCUCAUCAACAGGGACUUCCUCUCCACUGCAGAGGCCAUCCGCUUCUGGACGCCGCUCACCAUCUGCUACACCCUGCUGGUCAUCCACAUGCAGGAGGGCCCGCGGCAGAGCGUGUCCCAGACGGUGCUGGUGCGGAUGGGAGGCCUCUUCAUCCUCCUCCUCACCGUUGGCCGCUGGGCUGACGUCUUCCACGUCCUCAUCUCUCUGCUGGGCGAGUUGUGGUGCCUGCUCUGUGCUGGUGCCAUGCUGGACGUGUGCCAGCGGCAGGAUUUCACCCAGCACUUCCAGAGGGACAGGCACUUGGGAUCCAGAUCGGACUCGGAGCAGACGUCCUGACAAGCUGUGAGGUGUCACUGGGCCUCAGAAACUCAGGGUGGCUUUGCCUGGCUCCCCAGAUCCUACUUGUCACAGAUCCCCUGUGGGGACAAAGGGAAAAAGGGCUCCUGGAAGGUGCUUGACCCAUCCCAGAGGGUGGGGAGGUUGGGGGGUUUUUUGGUCCCCUGCUUUUUGAAGGGAGUCCUUGAGGUUGUGGUGCCACUGGGGACAUAGGACACUGACAGAUGUCCCCAUCCUUGGUGGCUGCAGGGCCCCACUCUGGCACUGCAGGGGUCCCCAGGGACUGCUGAGUCCUGGGAAAUAAAGUUUUGUGCAGCA